UCUCUAAAUACCAAUCAAUCUUACCAUGCCAGGGAGGAUUAGACAGGAGGUAAUUACACUUACUACAGGGAGCAGACAUCUAACUACUCAUCCCUGAGGAUGAGAGCGUUGAUGCUCGUCACUGUGAGCAUUGCACACAGGACAGCUUGUGCACGGAGCUAUUAGGCUGUGUGGGUUCCUCAUACCUUCGGGGCACACUUAGCAGCUAUAUAAAAGGUCAGCUCCCAUUAGGGCUCACUGGUCACAUCACAACUCUGCUGUCAUCGGGGAGCUGGCCCUGCCAAAACCUCAAUAAGAUGUUGUGCUACCAACAGCAGCGCUUUCCACCUCUCCAUCAAGAGCACAUCCCCAUGAAUUGCCCCCAAACGCACCAUCUGAUGCACAGCUGGCAGUCAGAGCUGUGCACCCCGCAGUACGUGACCCCCUGCGUUCCUCGGCAGCGGUUUCUAUCCUCCAGCUUCUCCCCACAGCAGUGUGUGACCCAGUGCAUACCACGGCAGCAGUAUGCAACCAAGUGCAUCCAACAGACACAGCGUGUGACCCAAUACAUCCCACCCCCCAGGUGUGUGACAACCUGUGUGCCACAGCAGUCAUGUUCCACCCAGGGCACGUUGCAAGAGCCAUGUGUGACCAAAUGCGUGCCCCAGCAGCAGUGUGCAACCAAGUGCAUCCCGCAGCAGCAGUGUGCAACCAAGUGCAUCCCGCAGCAGCAGUGUGCAUCCAGGUGUGUGACCACAUGCGUGCCACAGCAGCCAUUCCUGACCAAGGGAAUCCACCAGCAGCAUAGUACAACCAUGUGCAUCCCACAGCAAUGCGUGACCACGUACGCACCACACCAACAGUGUGCAACCAGGUGCGUGACCACGUGUGUGCCACAGCAGCGUGCCACCAGGUGUGUCUCACAGCGCUAUGUGACCGCUUGUGCCCCGCAGCAGUGUGCUACCAAGUGCAUCCCACAGCAGCAGUGUGCGACCAGGUGUGUGACCACGUGUCUGCCGCAGCCGUGUGAGACCAAGAGUGCAAGCAUUUGUAUCCCACAGCAGCACCAAUGUGCCACCAAGGGCAUCCCACAGCAGCACCAGUGUGUCACCAAGUGUGUCCCACAGCAACAUGCCACCAAGAGCAUCCCACAGCAGCACCAGUGUGCCACCAAGUGUGUCCCACAACAGCAAAGUGUGACCCAGUGCGUCCCACAGCAACAUGCCACCAAGAGCAUCCCACAACAGCAUCAGUGUGCCACCAAAGGGAUCCCACAUCAGCACCAGUGUGUCACCAAGUGCAUCCCACAGCAGUGUGCCACCAAAGGGAUCCCACAGCAGCAUCAUUGUGCCACCAAGUGUGUCCCACAACAGCAAAGUGUGACCCAGUGCGUCCCACAGCAAUGUGCCACCAAGAGCAUCCCACAACAGCAUCAAUGUGCCACCAAGAGCAUCCCACAGCAGCAUCAUUGUGCCACCAAGUGCAUCCCACAACAGCAUCAAUGUGCCACCAAGUGUGUCCCACAACAGCAAAGUGUGACCCAGUGCGUCCCACAGCAGUGUGCCACCAAGAGCAUCCCACAACAGCAUCAGUGUGUCACCAAGUGCAUCCCACAGCAGUGUGCCACCAAAGGGAUCCUACAACAGCAUCAGUGUGCCACCAAGUGCAUCCCACAACAGCAUCAAUGUACCACCAAGUGUAUCCCACAACAGCAAAGUGUGACCCAGUGUGUCCCACAGCAGCCGUAUCAGUCAGGUGGAGUAAAAAUUUCAAGCCAUGCUAAGAAGUACUGCUCUGCAUCCAAAUGGCCCUGGUAAAGAGGAGAGGGGGAAAGGAGGGUCCAUGGAAAACCAGUGAGGUAUGGCUUUGGGGCAGAGUUAUUUAUCUCUUUGUAUCAACUCGUUUCUAUUGCUUAAUUCUGCUCUAUCUCUGUUUUCCAGUCCUUUCCCUGUAGCUCAGCUCUAUUUUGGGUCAAGGUGCAAUAUUAUUUCCUGCAUUCCAGAUAUCUGUGGCUUGUUCUUUAGUCUGCUGCAAGAAGUAGUUUAGUGGGAUGUUACUAAAUUCUCACCUCAUUGAAAGGAAUAGUUUUAAUAGGGGAAAAGAAGUAGAAAUGCCAAAGGAGUCCCUCUGAUGACAGCAUCAAGAGGACCAAUGGAGUGGCCAAUGGGGGCUCUGGGUUCAGUCCUGGCCUCAGGAGAUGAUACUCAGGGUUGUCCUGGAUUCCCCAAGGCUGCACGUUCUCCAAAAAGAGUCAUUUUCGCUCACGGAUUUGGAAGCCAAAUGUAAAUUUGCUAAGCAAAAUGUAUCCGAGUCUUGUUCCAACAGCCUUCAUUGCAGGAGGUGGCCAGCAAUCCCUGCUGACUCCGCGCUGACUUCAGUGGAGUCCCCAAGCGAGGCAGGAUCUCUGGUCAGAGAAGUUGGUUCUGCUGAAAUUUUCUAUGUGAAAAGUGUUGUUUUUUAAUAUAUAUUCACUUGGUUGCUUUGGUUAAUGGGGGGGAAAACAAAGCCUGAAACAAAAGAAAGUCUUGGAAAUGAGACUGAAAGCUUUAGCACUACUCCUUUAUAAAUGUUUGAGAUACCGAAGUGAUUAACUGUGUUCUUCAUGCUGCCUGAAGAUGUGUACUCUGCACUGUAUUGAAAACAAACUAUAUAUAUAUGUGUAUGUAUGAUAUACAUAUAUAUAUACCUAAAUAAAUAUAGUUGUCUGACCUCAGAGUAAACAUCUUGUCUUUUUGCCCUUUGGUGGUUCUUCUUUAUUACAAACAGUCUCUUGUGCAAAAUAAAACAGAAAUCCUAUGGCAUGCCCUAUCAUUAAAGGAAUGAAUCGGAGGCUGUUCACGCCGAGUGGAUGAUGCCUUUUGGGAGAGCCAAAACAAGUGAUGCAAGAGGAGCUGGGUGUAACCCGGGCUGGGACGCUGUCCUGAAUCCUAC